AUGUCGAGCGGCUCCAGUGAAGCGGAUGUGAAAAGAACACGAAUACCUGCUUAUGAUGAUGAUAACACUGUUCUUUAUGCAUAUGAACCACAUACUGCAUAUGUCCGUAAUGUCAUCUAUGAUGCCAUUCAAAACCUGGAUAAGAAAUUUGAUGUCAUUCAUGGAAAAGUUUCAAAAAUCCACCGUUUACGUGUGAAAUCAAUAUGGCAAAAUCGCAAGCCAUUUGGAUAUGCAUACAAAAAUUACAAUUACCUGCUUUCCAGAAAGAUGAGGUUUCAGAAAAUGAGGAAAAAGGAGACUCCUUCUUCCUUAUCUGAACCUAAAAGCUAUAGCCCAACUAUUCCAGUAGAAAGGCCCAACUAUGAUUUCCAGAGCAGCUCUCUAGAAACAUCUUACCAUGCAGAGCCAGAGUCCCCAGAACGGGAUCCAGAGUCACUCUACCAGCGGCGGGAAUCGCGCAUGAGCCAGAGUCCAUCGCUUCUCUCCGUCUUCACUGCACAGUCAUACCAGCCAUAUUUCACACCCGAUCCAGUACAGGAGGGCUCCUCUUGCAUACCUUGCUAUGAUAGCCCAGAGGCCCACAGCACCACCAGUCUCUUACCUAUCCAAGCAUCCACAGCGAUACCUGAAGGCUCGUUGACACAAGCUGAUCCCGGUUCACCAGAGAACCCUGACAUGAUGGCUUUUCCAAGUUCACUGGAAAAUGAGAGCCUCGGCCAUACUGCCUCAUCCUUUUACAUCCCAGGCAACUUUGCUACAAGUUCACCAGUUGGAAAUAAUCCAGGUGUCCUGAGAGACUUCCCUGCGGACCCUUCAACCUGGUCUGUGGAUGAAGUGAUCCUGUUUCUGAAACAAGCAGACCCUCAGACACUCACCCCUAUCGCUGACCUCUUCAGGCAACAUGACAUUGAUGGGAAGGCUCUGCUACUCCUCAAGAGUGACAUGAUGCUGAAGUACAUGGGGCUGAAGCUGGGGACCGCCGUGAAGUUGUGUCACUACAUUGAUGGGCUUAGAGGAGAAAAACACAUUGACAAUUGA